AGGAAAAAAGAGAAGGGUAAGGUUAUUAAAUCGACGAAGCCCGAACCCUUUGACGGAGAUCUACGCAAGAUAGACAAAUUUUUCUCGGAACUUGCAACCUAUUUUAAAUACUUCCCUUAUACCUUAAAGGAUGACGAAGACAGAGUCAUCUUCGCAGGCAGCCGCCUUGCAGAAGACGCUAAAACAUGGUUCCGACCUAUUAUAUAG